AUGUCACAAUAUGAAGCGCAUCGUAAGACACUGAUCCCGGUGGCUGGACCGGGUCAUUGGAAUGACCUUGACAUGCUACUUGGUGGGAAUUUUGGGCUGUCAUUGGACGAGACGCGCGUGCAGAUGGGCAUGUGGGCGAUGCACGCCACUCCUCUCAUACUCUCCGUCGAUUUGGCUACCAUGCCUCCCGACCACAAAGAGGUCCUCCAGGCGGAACUCGUGAUUCGCGUGAACCAGGACAAAUUGGGCAAGCCAGCGGACCAGCUGGAUCCCAUUGCGGGGAUUAAGAUUUGGAAGCGCUCAUUAACUGACUUCAAUGGUGGUUGGGCACUUGCUUUUCUUGACCUCAGCGACGAUGCAGGAUUCCCUCAACGCAUUAUACUUAACCUUAAAAAUACCGGUAUCUCUGACGAAGGACUUUUCAAACUCACCGAUGCCUUCACUGGAACCGAUUUUAUCAUUACAAACGCCACGGAACCCUUCGAAGUACAUGUCAACCCCAGUGGAAUCGUCAUGCUUAUUGUCCAGCCCUUUUCUUAG